AUGGGCCGCGUAACAGCCGUGAGGGUUGCCAGAGCUACGCGCCUGGGCCUGCAAAGAGCCCAACUCUCGCAUUGGAUGUCCCCAAGCAUCUCUCCUUCUUUCAUCUCGAUUUCUACCCACCUCAAGGCAUCUAUCACAAUUCCAAUCCCCACCCGCAGGUUUCUUUCAAGCAGCUCAAGCUUGAAGGGGAUCACACCUGACAAUAAGCCACGCGACUCGAGCGGAAUUGAAAAGUCGCCAAAACCUGCGACUAAACCAGCCGACAUUACUACUGCCGAAUACCACAGACUUGCAGAUGAAUAUCUGGACGCUCUCCUGAGCCGCCUGGAGGAGCUUCAGGAUGAGAGGGAGGAUGUUGAUGUUGAGUAUCAGUCGGGUGUCUUGACGCUCAAUAUGGGUCCAGAGGUGGGCACAUAUGUCAUCAACAAGCAGCCGCCUAACAAGCAGAUCUGGUUGUCAUCGCCCAAGUCUGGUCCGAAACGCUAUGACUAUGUUAUCACGGGCGAGGGCCAAAAUGAAAAGCAGGACACAGCCGUAGGCGAGUGGGUUUACUUGCGUGAUGGGUCUACUCUCAAUCAGCUGUUGUUAGAGGAGAUCGGCGUCGACCUCAACGUUCCUGUCAGCCAAGAUUAG